AUGUUUUCUUCACAGGGAGCUGGUUCUGUGACGGCCGCGUCUACUCGAACCCGGCGACGACAGAGGCCUAGAUCGGAGGACGGUUUUCAACCUCCACGGGCGAAGAGACAACGGUCUGCAAAGCACACUGAAGCCAGCGGCGAUUCAGUCCUUGACACGGCCGCAUAUGAGCAGGCGCAUUCUUUGGCUAUAGAGGCUGACCUUGAAGACGGCCCUUCACUUGCUGGCGGCGACACGUCCAUCAACCUUCCCGUGCGCGGUCGUAAGGAGUCGGAUAGGCAGACUUACGAUUCGCAUUCGACCCUCAUACUGGAUAAUGGCUUCUACAGUGCUACUCGAGUCUCUGCUUUACCAGAGCCACUCCAGAAGUCUUCAGCGCCAUUCCGAUGUGUUAUUUCUCCAGAGCAUGGGAACUCACUCAUUCUUACCCAUAAGCACGCAUACGUUUGGGCCUAUUCGUCAGGUUCCUCUUCCAUAAACCCCAGCGAUGUCUCCACAUUCAACAUACCUGAACCCUCCGCAAGACAUAUCGACCCCCUCCCGCUCGGCGCGUUUACGUCGAGCUCGUCAACAAGCGAUGCGGGUAUGGUGGUGGUAAUCCCAUCAACAGGGAAAAUAACAUUUUGGCAAACCAUUUCGAACAGCGCUAUUCUUGGGCUGAUAAAGCAAAAAUGCAACACCAUCCAUGGCUCCAUACCAGGAAUGAUGUCUGGAGAAUUUGCGACUGGCCUCCUUAACGCGGAGCCGUCUGGGUUUAUCAUCACCCUUUCCACCGGUCGUGUUGCUCACCUCACCAUCAUGGACGCCCAUGGCAAAGCAAGCUUGAACAUAAGAUUCCUGGACUUGGCCAACCGCGCUGCAAGUGGUGGAAUUUUUGGUGGACUGAAGAGUGUUUUGACUGGCGCUACUUGGAGAAGGAGUAUUGCUGCUGCAAAGAGCGGCAAAUCGACGCAGCGUGGUCAGCGGGAGGUCAUUAUCGCGACAACUUCGGGGUUAAUCGAAGUCUGGGAUAUACACUGGAACAACGGUAGCAGCCUGAAGAUACGCAUGGACGCAAUGCAGGAGAUAAACAGAGCUCUCAAUGAGUCGGACUUGGGUCCUGAAAAUGGAGCGCUUGCCUCCAUCCAAGUUCUGGACUUCGCGUUUAAAGAUGCUGGCAAAUCUUCGGGUGAUAUUGGACAGGAUCUCUCACUCUGGGUGCUAUUUUCGGUUACGGGACAAACUACCUCAUACUUCGUUAUCGACUUGGCCUUUCCAGAGAACCAGCCUGAGGCUAACCAGGUCGUCAAAGUGGAUUACGACUGUUUAGAUCAGACCUCAGCCGAAUCUACCCCAAAGAUAUAUGUCCCUAACCCGGGGCAAAACGCUUUUAUUGUCUUCCAAAAUGCAACUGCAUUGGUAUCACUAACGCCAUAUGAAACGCCCACCAGUGACGACGCUUUCGAAUUCCAAGAUCUAAUUCGAUUCCGGGAACGAGACAAUUAUGCAAUUAUCGGGUCCAGUCUCGAUGACGGUGGUGAUGAGCACCAUCGACCCUGCUGUGUAUUGGUUAUUCAAAACUACGGACUCGUCCAUCUCUCUAGCUUGCGCUUGAAACAGGAAGAAGGCCAGGAAGAUCAAUUGACCACCAAACUGCGGCUUGAGCAAAUUGUCUUCUUUGAAAAUAUCAAAAACAACCCAGUCGAUUUCUAUCAUUACAAGGAACUGGCCUCGAGAUCUCAUCUUGAAGAGGCAAUACUAAAUAUCAGCGACGAAAUUCUUCGGUCGAGCUCAAGAUAUAUCUCCGCUACAGCCCCGUCACUUGAACACCAGAUGACCCUGCAUUCCAAUGCUCUACAGGCUCUUGCAAAAUAUAUCAAAACCCAGCAGAUAGAACUCGGGUAUUUUACUCGAUGGCAGCUGCUCUGGAACGCAGAGAAAAUGGCAGCGAGUAAGGCAAUCUGGGUUCUUUACAACAGCCUCAAGAAGAGGUACCCCGAAAAAGACCUAUAUCUCGGUCAUUUGAUCGAAACCAUGGGAGAAAGAUUCAAGACUGUUACUAAAAAUAAGGAUGGGCAAGAGGAUCCUAUCAGAAACUGGUUCAUUUAUGACACCUGGCAGAUGGAGCAUAUCAUCCCAUGGAUAAUGAAUGGAAUUCGAGUCGCCUACAACAAACCUCCGAGCGUGACACCGGACUUUAUUGACAAAGUCUGGCAGGCAGGCGAGAUCUCACUCGCCGCAUUGGAAUCUGCCUUCAGUUUCCGCCGAGAGAACGCACACCUGUACGGAAUCGACGAGGCUUCGCUGUCAAUGAAAACCCCGCGGUGUGCUGAACUCCCUGAAUUUUGGACUUCGCUGGAUGUUAACUACGACGAGACGGAGAACUUGCUAGACACAGAGCUCAACACGUGCAUUCAGUGGAUGCGACAGAGGUCACAAAACAGCAACCCAGAAGCCGAGGACACGCCCGCCAAAAUUCUUGAGACCAAUCUUCCAAGACAGUUUGAAGUCUUUUCACAAAUUUACAAGGAACGACGACAAUGGUGCGCAAUGAACGAGGACCGUCAGAUCCAAAAUGACGGCAAAUCCCUAGAGAAAUCCCACCACGAGAGACGGAAGCAUCAGCUAUACAAAAUGGCCGCGAUUGGCCAUCUGGAGGAGGCUGUAACUUUGGCUGAAAAUUUCAAUGAUAUGACGGCGCUCGUGGAGUUGAUGGUUGAGGUUCACGACAAGAUCGACCGGAAGCACCCUCAGAAAGCGACGGAUCGAGCAGCCUCUGGCGCCCGCGAGGAGGCCUUGGAUCAGUGGCGGUCUAGGAUUGAUACUUACUUUACGAGAUAUGGAGAGCCUUGGGCCGAUGCAUUCUUCACCAGACAAAUCAGCUCUGGUCAACCCGCCCUGUUGCUAGUUAUGCGAGAAUACAAAAACGACGUUACCCGAUUCCUCCGAAAACGCCCCGGAUACGGAAAGCUGUCAUGGAUGAACGAGGUCCUGGGGGAGCGCAAUUACGACAAUGCAGCAAAGAUCUUGACCGAGCUUGCAACACAGCACGAGACCAACCUGUGGAGCAAAAGGGUGGAGCUUGCACUGGCAAAGCUCUCUACUCUGGCCGCGAGGGAAACACAGACGGGGAUGCAGGUGAACUUGAGUCGUUUUGAGGACGAGACGGAACUGGCAGCGAUACAAGAGUCAGUGUAUGACAACCUCCCUCACCUGAACGAAGCCAUCGACGAAAGCGCGCGACUCCAAAUUGCGAAUGACCAAUUCGCGAACGUCAUCGUCCGCUCCAAGCCUGCUCUACGCGAGACCCUUCAACGUGGGCUAGCCAAGCUGGUGACGCGAUGUCCGGUUCAGGGAGACGAACUGGCAGAUCUGCUAACGCUCAUGGACCCGAUCCCUGUAACGGAAUCGGAGGAUAACGAGGUUGCCGGCCACGAGUUUAGCCUUGCUCUGCGGGCCCUGAACCUGGGCGGGUCCGUCAAGGGAGACAACCGUUACCGCGAGAACCUGGAGAAGAUUGUAUGGCGCCGAUGCAUGAUCCGAGACAACUGGGAGCAUAUCAGCGCAACGGCGGGGAAGACAGACGAGGAGGUCGAGGACGAGAUACGCUCCACUGCGCUAUUCAAGACAAUGGUGGACUAUACUAAUGGCCUUGGUCUCGACACCGAGUCAAACCACCUGCACCGGCCCGGCGACAUCCUGGAUAGCGUUGACGUGCCGCAUAAACUCGUGGCUCGGCUGCUUCCCGAACAGCGUGCCCACCUCUCUACCGAGCUUGAGGGCGAGAACAGCCUAUUAAAACGGUACAUCGAGAAGGGAAAGCUUGAGCACUGGUUUGCAUGGAUUGUCGAACACGUGACUCGCUCCCACAAGAUGAACGACAGAGACCACUCUGCUGUCGCCGACGACACCGCAGCCAGUCCCCCAGAGCACCUCCCUCGCUACUUUGCAAAGUCAGGACACGUCGACGCUGACCCCAAGAAGACGAAGAAGGACGGCGGCGGCAAAGGCAACUGGGGCCGCUCUGGAGACGAGGUACACGACUACGGAUAUACAUUCACCAAUACUCGCCGUCGGUCCAACAGCAGCACCCACGGCCUGGCCGACUUCAAGACCAAGUUCGAGACACAUGAGCCCGAGCCUGUCUUUGAAGAAGAGACGCACGGAGACGAGACACAGUCGGACGGUGUCGUUGAGAACGGUACCAAGCUUGAGGGCACAGAUUCCAGCUCCAACGGGGAUGCUGUCGAGGCGAGAAAGCCAUGA